AUGUACCAAAGCAGUGUUCGAUCUGGCGGGGGCAUGCCCGUGACUUCGCAAGAUGAGAUCUUUCCGACGGCUGUUGCCACGGCCUUGCCGUCCUCUACUACCAUGACGCAUGAUACCCCUGUUGUGACAUUGCCAUAUCCCAGAGAGAGGCCCCCACCACUCACAGAUAUUGGUGGCGACAGGAGAGACUCUUCUGGUUUGUUGGCUACUCAACCAAGUGCCACCCACAGCAGCGUCCUCGACCUGCGAACAGGACCAAGGAUCGCUUCCAACACCAACAAUCACGAGGAUCAAGAGCUCCAAAUUCCAGUGCGACCCCGUGGAACCGUAUGGACUGACACUAUGAUCGGCUUGAAGACACGCGGAAUGCAGGAUGAAUGCUCUGGGAUUUCUGCUGCCACAGGACCCACUGAUGUACUAACGACAACCACAACUUCCGGACACGAACAACAACAAGAACAGCAGCGACGGCAGCUGCAACAGCAACAAGCAGAGAGCUCUCAAGCAGAACCGCUAUUGACAACACACAGCGAGCAAUCACAUCAGCAGAAUCAUCAAGAUGACAGACCAUCAACAAUAAACUUUAGCACCGGCAAUGGCAGAGUUCUGACAUUCACGAUGAAAGGAUUUUGGGUUUGGACUGCUGCUGCAUGCUGCUUUUUCCUCUUGCUGAUUGUCAUUGUUCCGGCAGUUGUGAUUGCAGUGAUUCUGAAGAAUGAUCAGGCAGUUUCCAAUACAGAGCUCCCCGUAAGGCCGACCGGUUCGCCAACCUACCAGCCCACCCAUGAAAUAGCAUCGAGCAACCCGUCCAUUCCUACAGGAACCAGGGACUUUCCAACAGCAACAGGCAUGCCCACUGCUUCGACAAACCCGUCUCUCGAUACUCACCAUCCAACGACGAAAGAUCCAACAAAUGAUGGCCCUGUGAUUACAAAAAUCCCAAGUGCAGUCAGUCCAACUAGUAGUGCCCCAGACACGGCGACGACGGUUCCUUCACUUGCCGCCACACUAGAAACCAAUCCAUUGGGCGACAAUUUCCUUUUGGAUCUUGGAAAGGAUAUCCUUCUGACAGUAGAAGAAGCCGAGUCACUUUGUCCUCUGUUGUACGAGGUCCUUCUUCUUUGUGUUCAAACUGAAUGCAGCAACUUUGUGGAGGUCUGUCCGACAUCGUCGGAUUCACCCUCGCAAGGAGAUCUUGGCUGUGGCAGCAUUUCCGAGACUAUUUGCAAGACAUACAGCAGGACAGGUUGUUGCAUGAUGGACUGUUUAACGGAAAUGCGCGCCUUGGCAAUCUGUGUGAUCGAUGACACCAUCGCCGGAACGAAGCCCUUGGCUUGCAACGGUCCUGUUUGCCAGUCGCGCGGACAAGGCGACACGUCGUUUCCCAUAUCCGGUCAGACAACUUCCAACACGGGCAGUCCUGCAGUUGUCGACAUCAGCCCCACACAGAGCCCCGCAACCUUGGAUCCUUCCACAAAGAAUCCCACGGCAACCCCCAAAACUUCAACGACAACCAAUCCAACUGCGGGGCUUUCCACAUCAUCUCCUACUCUCACCGAUAGCCCCACAACGCCAAGGCCAUCACUGGCACCCACUGCGACUCCAACUCUCACCGAUAGCCCCACAACGCCAAAGCCAUCACUGGCACCCACAGCAAUUACUGGUACCCCAACAACAGACUAUCCAACCACUGGAAAUCCCACAACAAGCAAUCCAACCGCUGGAAAUCCCAAGACCUCAAGCCCCACCUCUCUUUGGCCGACUACGCCGCCCACUUCUACUGGCACGACAGAGGCGGCUUCGACUUCCAUCUCGAGCCCUGUCAAUACAUACGACCCCAGACUGUUGCCAGACUUUGACAUUUGUCGCGAACAUGCUGAUUGUGGAGGAGGCACCUGUGCUUUGGGUGGCACUGCUGGGUCCUAUAUUUGCUGCCCAAAUGGUCAACUGUCAGCUGAGUCAUCUUCCUAUUGCAGUGGCCUACCCAUUGGCACCAGCUGUGGUUUCACUUAUAUGUCCUACAACUCCAUCUGUGCUAGUGGCCUCUGUAUCAAUGAUGUGUGUGUUAGCGAGCCACUGGAGGACUACGCUGCCUGCGGAGAACAUGCUGAUUGCAGAACAGGGGCAUGUGCUUUGGAUGGUACCGCUGGGUCCUAUAUGUGCUGCCCAAAUGGUCAACUGUCAGCUGAGUCAUCUUCCUACUGUGGUGGCCUACCCAUUGGCACCAGCUGUGGUUUCACUUACAUUUCCUACAACUCCAUCUGUGCUAGUGGCCUCUGCAUCAAUGAUGAGUGUGUGGGUGAGGCACUUGAGGACUACUCUCCAUGUGCAGAAAAUGCAGAUUGCCGCACAGGGGUGUGUGCUUGGAUGGCACCGCUGGGUCCUAUAUUUGCUGCCCGGAUGGUCAGCUGUCGGCUGAGUCAGCCUCCUAUUGUGGUGGCCUUCCUAUUGGGACCAGCUGUGGUGUCACUUAUGUUUCUUAUAAUUCAAUUUGUGCAAGUGGACUAUGUAUCAAUGAUGCAUGUGUGGGUGAGGCGCUGGACGACAACUCUUUCUGUUCAGAAGAUGCCGAUUGCAAAUCAGGGGCUUGUGCUUUGA